AACCUCAAGAUUUAUACCAAACAUUUUGUAAUGUGUAUGCAUAUUACAAACAAGCAUCCCAUUGUAAUCCAACUCCAAACCGUCAAAGACUUUUUAGAAAUAAUAGAACAAAUAGAACAAAUAAUUCUAAUUCUAUCUUAUCUUUUCCAUCAUUUCUACAACAUAAUGUUGAAGUGCACAAAAAUGCAAUAGGCCAACGUGAUGCAAUUAAAAAAAUUGAAGUAGCCAACAAAAAAAUAUCAGAAUACGAAAGAAUGUAUCAAAUUUCAACAGACAGAUCAUUUAAAAAAACACUAAAUUCAAACAUUCUUAAAGAAAAAUCAUUAAUUAAUGAACAAGAAGUGCAUUUGAAAAAGCUUAAGCAUUACGCUGAAGCACAGGCAAGACUUGAGGCAAAAAAAACAAGAUUGCUUCAAGAAGAAGGACCUUGUCAUUCCCGUGCAUCUGCCGCAUGUCAUCAUCAUCAUCCUGCUAAAGUUGCUCUUGCAUCUGUAGCAUGA